AUGCUGUCUGCUAUUGUUCGCAGGUUUACCACCUCCUCCCUCCGCAGGAGCCACUAUGAGGAAGGCCCUGGAAAGAACCUUCCAUUUUCAGUGGAAAACAAAUGGCGAUUACUCGCAAUGAUGUGUGGAUUCUUUGGAAGCGGAUUUGUCGCACCUUUCCUUAUAGUCAGACACCAGCUUCUUAAGAAAUGA